AUGGGAGAAGCUGAAGAAGCACCAGGAGUCAGCAAUGGUGAGGCACUGGAGCUCCUCAUGUCCAUGGCGUCCUCUUCACUGGCCUGCUCUGUCUCACAGUUCCCAGCAAAGUGGCAGUCCAUCAAGGACAAGCUCCAUCAGCUCUGCUGCAGCCUGAAUUCACUGUGCAGCGGCGUCGGCGGCAACAGCGACGUCAACGACGAUGACGAAGAGGAGCAUCCUUUGUUGGCCGAGCUUCUGCGGCUGGCUUCAGCAACUGUGAGGAGCAUCCAGGUCGUUGCUUCUCAGUGCAGCGACGGGUCAUACACGGGUGGAAGGCUUCGUCUGAGGAGCGACCUGGACAACCUGAGCUGCAAGCUUGAUGCGCACAUGAAGCAGCUCAAGGAGAUGGCUUCGUCCGGGGCACCCUCGCCGUCGAAGGCCAUUGUCGCCGUCAGGCCCAGCGCCGAGGCCAGCGUAGGUGAGAAGGCGUUCUACCUCAAGGAUCUCUUCUCCAGGAUCAGGAUCGGUGGCACCGUCCAGAGGAGCCAGGCACUGGCCACCAUCAGAGAGCUCUUGGCGGAAGACGAAUUCUGCGCAAAGGUUGUCGCUCUCGACGUCGACGACGGCAUCGCCCUGCUCACCGGGUUCCUCGAGUCCACGGACGCGUGCAUCCAAGAAGAGGCCGCCGGUGCCGUCGCCGUCGUCGCGAGCUCCGAGUGUUACAGAGGAAUGCUGGUGAAGGCAGGGGUGAUCGCCCCGCUUGUCCAGCUGCUGGAGAACACGGACACGACCAGCGAGCUGGGCAAGGAGAGAGCUGCUCACGCGCUGAGGGAGCUGACGGUGAACUCCGACAACGUGUGGGCCGUCUGCGCGCACGGUGGCCUCACCACGCUGCUGCACGCCUGCGCCGGCGCCGGCAGCAGCAGCAAGCUCAUCAGCUCGUCUUUUGCAGUGCUGAGGAACCUGAGCCGGGUGGAGGAAGUGAAGAUGUUCAUGGUGGAGCAAGGCGUGGUCACGGAGCUGGUGAAGCUCUCCCAGAAGAAGGAGGAGGUGCGCAAGCUCGGCGCCGUCGAAUUGCUCCACGCCAUGGCUCUGGAUGACGCCGACGUCAGGGAGGAAGCCGUCGGCAUGGGGGUGAUCCAGUCACUCCUCCAGUUGAUAUACCCCGACCUGCCGUACUCAUACAAGGCCAGGGAGGUUGCUCUUGCUGCCAUCUGGUUCUUCUGCUUCUCUUCUGCAAACUCCUUGGAUGACCUCAUCAGCUCGGAUGUUCUUGGCUGGCUGCUCUUCUACCUAAACAAUGGCGACUACGCCGUCCUCGAAUGCACCCUCAAGAUUUUGAGGCAUCUCUCUGAGGUUUCUGAGGAGUACAACAGGAUGAUGGGCAGAGCAGGGUAUUUGAGCGCCCUGUCAAGCUUGCUUGGAGCAAAAUCCUGUCGAGUCCGGGAAAUGGCGGCUCAGGUUCUCUCCAGCUUGCUGAUGCUUCACCCCAAUCGCGUCAUCUUCAUUCAGGACGGCGACAAUCUGAACAGGCUGCUGCAGCUUCUUGAUCCAGCAGAGGGCAAGCUGAUGGCGAAGGACCUGAUCCUCUCUGCUAUCAUGUCAUUGGCUGAGACCCACAGUGGAAGGAAGAAGAUUGUGACAUCAGAGAAUUUCUGCUGCCUGAAAGAACUGGCAGACACUGGUGACUUCGACGCCAAGAAGAUCGUCAGGAAACUAUCUACUAACAGACUGCAAACCAUCUUCAGCAAAAUAUGGAGUGUCUAA